UAGUAUUAUCCAAGAUACAUAAUAUAAGUAAGGUGAUGAAUAAUAUACUCGUGAUCAUAAUUUACAAAUUUAGUAUUAUUUAGGAUUGUUUCUUAAUAAGAUUUUCUGUAAAUUUUGUUAAUGACCAUAUAUAAGUAAGGAGUUGUGAACUUGUUAAUCUAAAAUGUCACACACCAAUGGUCUGCCGUCUGCGGGACCAAAAGUGAUUAAAUCCAAUUUCCAAAGCGCGAAAAGUUAACUCUAAUUUGCCAGUAACCAGAGCACGCUCACUUGAAUGGCGUCGUCUAGGAAUGAAGAAGCUGCUCCGAGCAUGGAGGUGGUGGAGGAAACGACAACGGCGGCGAACACCGCCGCAUCGCCCGACGGCGACGACGACGAGCACGACUCCAAGGAGAGAGUUCUUCAGAGAUACUUCCUUCAGGAAUGGAAGCUCGUGAAGUCCCUCCUCGACGACAUCGUUUCGCGCGGCCGUGUUUCCGAUAUCUCAUCCGUUCACAAGAUCCGAUCCAUUGUGCGCAAUCCCUUCUCUGCUUAUUUGAUGGACAAGUAUCAGGAGCAAGGUCAACUCGUAGAGCCGUAUUUGGAGAGCAUAGUUUCUCCCUUGAUGGAAAUUGUCCGUUCCAAAACAGCUGAAGUAGGGGAAGCCUCGGAUGAAGUUCUCGAAGCCAUUAAGCCUUUGUGCAUUAUCAUUUAUUGUUUGGUAACAGUUUGUGGAUAUAAGGCCGUUAUCAAAUUCUUCCCGCAUCAGGUUUCUGAUCUAGAGCUUGCGGUCUCUCUGUUGGAGAAAUGCCACAUUGCACAUUCAGCAACAUCCUUGAGGCAAGAAAGUACAGGCGAGAUGGAAGCAAAGUGUGUGAUACUAUUAUGGCUUUCCAUACUAGUGUUGAUCCCUUUCGAUAUAUCAUCUGUGGAUACUAGCAUUACUGAUAGUCAGUGCACAAGCACAAAUGAACCACCUCCACUGGCACUGAGGAUCAUAGAAUGCUCUAAAGACUACCUUUCAAAUGCUGGCCCUAUGCGUACUAUAGCUGGAUUGCUGCUUUCGAAACUUCUAACACGCCCUGAUAUGUUGAAGGCCUUUAACAGACAUUGUGAACAUAGUUGUGAUCAAGGUGAUUGUGAUGCUUUAUUUCCACUUGUUUUCACCAGCUUUAUUGUUUGGGCACAUGAUGUCAUGUCAUCUGAUGCAAAUGACAUUAAUGAUCACUUCCAGUUAUUGGGUACAGUUGAAGCAUUGGCUACCACAUUCAAGGGCAGGAAGCAAACUCUUGGAGAGACAUCUAAAGACUUGACCAGAAUUGAUAAAAACCAUGAAACUGCCAUCAGAGAUCCUUCAGAGUUAUUUCAAGAGGAAGAUAUGGAUGUCCCUGAGAUGGUAGAAGAGAUUAUUGAUGUUUUGUUGUCUGCACUGCGAGAUACGGACACUGUCGUGCGUUGGUCUGCUGCAAAGGGUAUUGGCCGUGUUACUUCACGCUUAACUUAUGCACUUUCAGAUGAAGUUCUUUCAUCUGUACUGGAGCUUUUUUCUCCCAUUCAGGGUGAUGGUUCAUGGCAUGGAGGUUGCUUGGCACUGGCUGAAUUAGCACGUAGAGGAUUACUCUUACCCAUCAGCUUUUCAAAAGUUGUGCCAUUUGUAGUGAAGGCCUUACAUUAUGAUGUUCGAAGAGGUCCACACAGCAUUGGAUCACAUGUACGCGAUGCUGCUGCAUAUGUUUGCUGGGCAUUUGGUCGUGCAUAUUAUCAUAGAGAUAUGAGAAGUGUACUUGAACAGCUUGCUCCGCAUCUCUUGACAGUUGCUUGUUAUGACCGAGAGGUUAAUUGUAGAAGAGCAGCUGCUGCUGCUUUUCAAGAAAAUGUGGGUAGACAAGGAAAUUACCCACAUGGCAUUGAUAUAGUGAAUACAGCUGAUUAUUUUGCACUUUCUUCCCGCGUAUACUCUUAUCUCCACGUUUCGGUUUGUAUUUCUGGAUAUGAUGGAUACCUACACCCUUUUGUCAAUGAGUUGCUUCAUAACAAGAUCUGUCACUGGGACAAAAGUUUGAGAGAGCUUGCUGGAAAUGCUCUUUCAUCUCUUGUCAAGUAUGAUCCUGAAUAUUUUGUAGAAGCUGUUAUGAAGAAAUUAAUUCCUUGCACUCUGUCUUCUGAUUUAUGCAUGCGUCAUGGUGCAACCUUAGCUCUUGGAGAAGUCACUUUGGCUCUGCACAAGAGUGACUAUAUUCUUUCCCCAGAUCUCCAGAAACAAGUAGCUGGUGUGGUUCCUGCAAUUGAGAAAGCACGACUUUAUCGUGGGAAGGGUGGAGAGAUAAUGCGUUUUGCUGUUUCACGUUUCAUAGAGUGCAUUUCUUUGGUGCAUGUGCAUUUGACCAACACAACAAAACGAAAUCUGCUUGGUACACUCAAUGAGAAUUUGAAGCACCCUAAUUCUCAGAUACAGGGUGCUUCUGUUGCUGCCCUGAAGAGCUUCAUCCCUGCUUACCUUGUGGCUAUAGAAAAUAAACCAUCAAUUGACAUUCUGGAUAAGUACCUUGAACAAUUGAAUGAACCCAAUGCAGCUGCCAGAAGAGGAUCAGCACUUGCUCUUGGUAUAUUGCCUUGUGAGUUUUUGGCUAAAGGAUGGAAAAAUGUGCUAUCAAAGCUUUCAAAGGCUUGUGAGAUCGAGGAGAAUCCUGAAGAUAGGGAUGCAGAAGCACGGGUGAGUGCCGUGAAGGGGCUCGUAUCAGUGUGUGAAACAUUAACUUACACAGAACAAUUCUCUGAUUUCUUCUCUGAAGAAGAUUACCAUUCUCUGUUUUUUGUCAUCAAGAGUGAAGUGAUACAGAGUUUGCUUAGAGCUCUGGAUGAUUACUCCAUAGAUAAUAGAGGUGAUGUGGGUUCUUGGGUUCGUGAAGCUGCCAUUGUAGGUCUUGAGAAAUGUUUAUAUAUUCUAUGCAAGAGAGAAUCCAAUCAUUUGCCAAGUCAAUCAGAAGUGGAGCAUCUUGAAGACAAGAGGGGAUUAUUUUUUGAUGAAGAUCUAGCAACCUGCAUUGUUGGAGGCAUUGUUAAACAAGCAAUGGAAAAGAUGAAUAAAUUAAGAGAAAUAUCUGGAAAUACUCUCCAAAGAAUUUUGUACAACAAGGAAAUUUUUGUUCCAUUCAUACCUUAUAGAGAGAGACUGGAAUCUCUGGUUCCUAAUGACACGGAUCUGAAGUGGGGGGUACCUACCUUUUCAUAUCCUCGUUUCAUUCAGUUACUUGGGAUCAAUUGUUACAGUAAAUACGUGGUCUCUGGAUUGGUUAUUUCUAUUGGUGGAUUGCUCGAUUCUUUGAGAAAAGUAGCCGUUGCUGCUUUAACGGAUUACCUUCAAUCGUCAGAAAGCCACAAUGGUUCUAGAGAGCAGAGCUUGUCUAAUGACAUUCUUUGGGUUCUUCAAAUGUAUAAAAGAUGUGAUAGGGUCACCACACCAACUCUAAAGACUAUCGAGAUUCUCUUGAGCAAAAACAUAUUUGUAAACAAGGAGGCACAUACUUCUGUCUUCUGUGCUGCUGUUUUGGACUCCCUUCUGGUGGAAUUGAAAGGAUCAAAGGACUUCUCCAAGUUGAAUGCUGGAAUCGCAAUUCUGGGAUAUAUUGCUUCACUUGUAGAGCCUAUUAGCACCCAGGCGUUUAGCCAGCUAACGGCUUUCCUCAUUCACCGUUAUCCAAAGAUUAGGAAAUCCAGUGCAGAGCAAGUAUAUCUUGUCCUCCUACAAAACACAAGUCUUGUUUCAGAAGAGAAACUGGAGGAAGCACUUGAAAUUAUAUCUGAAACCUGCUGGGAAGGAGAUAUUGGGGAAGCUAGACAAAAGAGAGCACAGCUUUGCACCAUAGCUGGCAUUGAAAUUGGCCAGACCUCUGGAAAUGGGGGUUUACCACGCAGGCCUGCUGGAAAACUGACCAAUGCAGAUGAAAAUGAAUCCUACUUGUCACUGGUUGGAUCCGCUGGGUUUUAGCCCGAAAUGUGGUCCUCUCAUUGGCCAAGGAAGACCGUUUGAUUGCCUAUCAAGCAUAUGGACCGUUCGGAUCAGUAAAACUGAUUUGUAUCCGUCUGAUAAACAAUCGGGCACAUGCUGAUAUAUAAUGGCUCAGGUGCACCUAGCGGAGAACCCUUAUCUGGUUUUACCAUUUUGGUCAUUGUGGUCUUGCCAUGUUUUGCCAUAGCUGAUGUUUGGCCUGUCUAGUGUUCGUUCAUGUUCGUUUAAUUUAAACAAACAUGAAGGAGACUUAUUUUAGGGCUCUGAUUAUUAAAAACACACAACCUGAACCACGAAAAGCUCAUUUGAUAAAAGCUCAUGAACGGG